UGUAUUGUGAAUUCAACUACAAGUGUGUAAAGUUAUUCAGAAGUACUGUCAAAUUUUUCUUUCUGUUAUUGGCACCAAAAUAAAUUAAAUUUCGUUGGCGGGAAUUGAUCUAAUUUUAUAUGGAAAGGGAAAGCUCAAUUCAUUGUGCAAGUUUUACUAGUAUCGAUUCUACAUUUCUUAUAUUUCCAUGGUAAUACGAAUUGGACAUAAUCAAAUUUAGGUGUUGCCCAAAACGUCGAACUUAGAAAAAUACUCGGAAAAAAGUAAUGAAAUGAGGUUAAUUUUCAGUGGUAGUUCAAACUAUGGACCUGGAAAGCGAAAAUAAUGGCUGCACUAAUCAAGAAAGCGAAACUAGCGUUCAAACACUUCAAGCAACACUUUUUCCAUUGAAACCCACAAAUUCAACAAGUUACUUCGCGAAUUUCAUUAUAAAAACAAACGGCGAAGAUGAAGACCUACGAUUCAAAAUUAGAGAAUCGCCCUCAAAAGAAUGGUUUCCAAAUAAUAAAGAAGUGCCUUUCGACGUUCAACCACCUAGAUGGCCAACAGAAUGUCAGGUUUUGGAAGAACGAGUAAAACAUAUAAUAGACUCACCGCCAAGUUACGAACCUUAUUACGUUCCCACUGGUAACGAAUGCCAACCGAAACCGUCCGGUGAGGAAUGUGGAAAAGUUGUUUUUCAAUACACACCGCUCAGUGCCGUCAAUUAUUUUAGCCGAUCUAGCGUAGGUGGAAAUAAAUUUAUUUUGCCUUCGAAUCUUUACCCGGACGAAGAUACGUUGAAGUUCGAAUCGAGAUUCGAAUCUGGUAAUUUGGCAAAAGCCAUCAUGAUAACGCCAAAUUAUUAUGAAUUACAACUUAGAUCCGACUUUUAUACUAAUAGACAUAUGCAAUGGUUUUAUUUCAAAGUCAGCAAUGUUAAAAAGGGAUUUUUAUACAGAUUUUCCAUAACGAAUUGUUCGAAAGAAAAUAGUUUAUAUAAUGAGGGUAUGAAACCGUUGAUGUACUCUAAAAAAGACUCUCAAUUACAUUGUAUAGGAUGGAGAAGAUGUGGGCAAAACAUAUCAUAUUUCUGCAACGAUAAUGUAACUGUCGACGAUCCCGAUCAACAAAUGACAUACACCUUAACUUUUACCGUUAAAUUUCCGCACGACGACGAUGAAGUUUAUUUGGCACAAAGCUACCCUUACACUUAUUCGGAUCUCCAGGAUUACCUGCUGGAUUUAUCUACGCAUCCAGUCAAAUCCACAUUCACAACAAUUAGACUUUUAUGUAAAACUUUAGCUGGCAACAAUGUUCAAUAUGUUACCAUCACAUCGUCGUCAGUACCCGGAGAACCACCUAAGAAAAAGAGGGCCAUAGUUAUAUCGGCCCGAGUUCAUCCUGGAGAAACUCCAUCUUCGUGGAUCAUGAAAGGCAUAAUGGAUUUUCUUUCGAGCGAUUGCAGCUCGGCUAAAGAAUUAAGAGACAAAUUUAUUUUCAAAAUAGUGCCAAUGUUGAAUCCGGACGGUGUUAUAGUUGGAAACAAUCGGUGUUCUUUAUCUGCCAAAGAUCUAAACAGACAAUACAGAACUGUAAUAAGAGACGCUUAUCCUUCCAUUUGGUAUACCAAGUUGAUGAUUCGAAGACUUUUGGAAGAAUGUGGUGUAGCUAUGUACUGCGAUCUACACGCUCAUUCUAGAAAACACAAUAUUUUCAUAUACGGUUGUGAAAAUAGACGAGGAAGUGAGAAAAAAUUGCACGAACAAGUUUUUCCUUUGAUGUUACAUAAAAACGCUGCCGAUAAGUUUUGUUUCGAAAGUUGUAAAUUUAAAAUACAAAAGAAUAAAGAAGGUACCGGUAGAGUGGUAAUGUGGAUGAUGGGAAUAGCGAACAGUUAUACAUUAGAAACUUCUCUGGCGGGUUCGACUUUGGGCGCCAGAGCCGAUACCCAUUUCAGUAUACAAGAUUUCGAACAAAUGGGCAAAACUUUCUGUCAAACUCUGUUAGAUUUUUACGACGAAGAUCCGAAAAAGGAAAAACUUAGGGUGAAAAUAGUGGAAAGGUUGACUAAAGAAGGGUCGAACGCUGAGGAACCCAUGAAUAUUAAACUUAGUGACUACUCCAGUGAUGAUGGAGAUACUUCUAAUAGCAGUGACGAGGUCGGUAGAGACUACGACUACGAAGAGGAUGUUCAAUUACCUACGGUACCGCCGUGUUCUCCCGUGGUACCUUUGAAAAAAUCCAGAUCGAAAACUUCAAGGAAAACGAGGCAGCAAAAUAUUCCUAGAAGUCCGACUGUUCCGAGAAAACCGUUACCAAUCUGUAAAGCGAUUUUAAAAUUAUCUCUAUCAGAUAAAGAUAGUACUAAUUCUGAAAGUGAUGAUAGCGAAUCAGAUUCUGAGAAAACGAAGACAAAAAGAUCUAAGAAGAAACGGAAGAAAAAAUAUUCGAAGAAAAAGAAGAAAAAUAAAGAUUUACCGGAAGAAGACGAUAUUAUAGUGAUUGAAUUCGAGCCUAUUCAAAAAUAUUCCGAAAACGAAAUAUCGAGAACGAAGAGAUCGAUAUCUGUCUUCGAUCUCAUCCCAACUGAGGCUCUGAAGAACCACAUCUUCACGACACCAUCAAGAAAUAGAAUACAGCAAACCAUAAAACAUGGUAAAAAAAAUAACGAAAUUGAUAAACAGCUAACGGAAGUACAAGCGAAAUUAUUUACUUUGAAAAAUAAACUUUGGUUUGGGGUUGGGAAUGGUGAUACGACGUUAUCGUGGGGGAGAAGGAGUUUAACUGAUAAUCAGAAAAAAUCUAAUAAAGAUUCGAAGAAAAGUACGACGUGUAAAAAAUAUCAAAGAAAUAACGAAAGAAAAUCCAGUGGGACAUCAAAAAAAGAUAUCGAAGAAAAUUCAAAAUCGUCUGAAAUUGGUUUGUGUCCUUCAGGUUCAAAGGCAAAACUUUAGUGAACUUAGUCGAUCCGAAAGGAAGGUUAAGGAAAUCGAAAAGUUUACCGGACGCUUCAUCAUUCGAAAAUAUCCAUAGAACAUCAGCAAGUGCCGAUGAAGAGAAAACCGACGCGAAAAAAAAGAAGAAGAAAAAUAUGAAACUUGUAAAAAAAGUAAAAGUGAUUAAUAACGUGAAAAAUUUCAUUAGGAAGGCUGAUUAAUUAGGUGUUACCUUAUUCGUUUUUUUCAAUAUUUUUCCUUUCUGUAAUCUUCUAAAAACGUAAAUGCGAAUUUGUAGUGGAAAAAUGAAAAUGUACUGCCGUAGAUGUGAUACUAUACAUAUUAGUGGACGUAAUAUAAAUUAAAAACAGUUACCGUUAGAAUAAA